AACUGCGGACGAAGCUUGUUCCGAUUUGCCAAGCCCAGUUGGACAGUUCACAGUUGGUCCUCCCGUCACAUCUACGGCAGUGCAUAACGCAACGCUAGCACUCCACCACCCACACCGCGCCGCCGCGGCACUUCGUUCUCCAUGGCCGCGGAGCACCCGCUAGCGCUGUCUCUGGCCGGCGGCAGAACCAAGGGGUCGCCAGCAGGGACGACGACGGUGGCGUUGGCGCCGCCGGAGCAGCGGCAGGCGAUGGUGGAGAUCGAGCGCGCGCGCCGCCGGCACAUGUCCAGGCUCUACGCCGAACUCGGCGCACUGCUCCCUGACCUGCCCCCUCGGGCGCCCAAGGCGAGGAUACUGGAGGAGGCGAUCGCGUACGUGGGCGCGCUGCGGGGCACGGUCGCGAAGCUCGAGGCGCCCGGCGCGGUCGAGGGGGCAGGGCGGCGGACCGCCGCCGUCGCUGCCGAGGUGCUCGCGGCUGAGAAGGCGUCGUGCUUCGCCGCCAGGCUACCCGCGGCGCGGCGGCCGGGCGCGUUGACGCGCGUGCUGGAGGUGUUCCGCCGGUAUGGGGUGCCCGUCCUCGCAGCCACGGUGACCAGCAACGCCGGGGAGGCCGCGGUCACGGUCACCACGGGGGCAGUGGCGCCGAGCGUCGUGGAGGGGAUCAAGGCAGAUAUCAGCAGAAGCAUUGCGUGAUUGGCUAAUUUCCUAUUUUACACAGGUCUUUUCUCUUAGUGUCAUGGAUCGAUGGAUGCAUCUGCACCAUAUACCUGUCUCGAUCUGUCUAGAAUAGACUGCAUCUUUCAAAGAAAAGUUUUGAGAAAGAAAGCCUCCUCAAGUUCAAUUUUGCGAGAAUACCGUGGUUGUAGCAUCCU